CGACUCGACUUGGACUCUGGACUAUCAGACCCAAAUUCGCAGCGCAGAGCUCCGUCCGUCCCUCCAACCACCACCAUCAUGUUUUCUCAACUGGAGCACUCCUGACCACCAUCUGUGUUCCGAAUCUUCAGUUUUAAGGAGUGAUAAUUUUAGAUUUGGCGGGAUAUCCAGUUGGAGAAGCACUUGAGUAGGGGUUGGGAGAGGGAGAGGGAGGUGAACACAAAGAUGGAAGAGUGGGAGAUUGAUUUGGCAAAGUUGGAUAUAAGACAUGAUAUUGCUCAUGGAGCCUAUGGCACCGUGUAUCGCGGUGCAUAUAACCGCCAAGAUGUUGCAGUGAAUAUAUUUGAUUGGGGGGAGGAUGGUGUUGCCACAGCAGCUGAAACUGCUGCUCUUCGGGCAUCAUUUCAGCAAAAGGUUGCUGUUUGGCAUAAGUUUGACCACCCAAAUUUUCCCAAGUUUUUCGGAGCUUCAAUGGGAACUUCUGGCCUAAAAAUCCCUGUUAAAAACACAUCAAGUGAUUGCCAUAAUUCUCCUACUUCAAGAGCUUGUUGUGUUGUCGCUGAGUUUGUUCCUGCUACUGGGACGCUAAAGAGAUUUUUGAUCAGGAAUAGAAGAAACAAACUUGCCUUUAAGGUUGUGAUUCAACUUGCUUUGGAUCUCUCCAAAGGUUUGAGCUAUCUUCACUCGAAGAAAAUUUUACACCGUGAGGUCAUGCCGGAAAAUAUGUUGGUUGAUAAUCAUGGAACAUUGAAAAUUGUUGAUUUUGGCGUUACUCUAAUAGAAGCUCGUAAAUCAAGGAACAUGACUGGGGAGACCGGUACCCUUGGGUACAUGGCCCCAGAGUUCCUUUAUGGCAAGCCAUACAACAGGAAAUGCGAUGUCUAUAGUUUUGGUAUUUGCUUGUGGGAAAUCUAUUGCUGCGACAUGCCGUAUCCUAAUCUAAGUUUUGCUGAUGUCUCAUCUGCAGUAGUGCGACAGAAUUUACGACCAGAAAUCCCCAGAUGUUGUCCAAGCACAUUGGCUAGCGUCAUGCGAAAAUGUUGGGAUGCAGACCCGGAUAAACGCCCUGAAAUGGAAGAGGUAGUGAAAAUGUUGUAUGCAAUAGAUACUAGCAAGGGAGGCGGCAUGAUACCUGAAGACCAGUCUACCGGCUGUUUCUGUUUCUGCACACCUCGUGGUCCGUGACGUUCUUUGUUCGUGUAAUAUACUUUUAUAGAUCGUGCAGUGCAUAUUAAGACCAGUUACCAUUUCAGUGUUAGACUGCAGACAGCAGGCAGUCUUUGAAUUAUCAGAUCACAUCUCUGAAUAAUGCACCAACAGCAUUUUUGAAAACCCAUAUUGCUUGUGGCUCCUUCAUUCUUAUUGUAAAUUAGUUUGGAAAUCAAGUUUUUACUGCAAUUGUGCUUUAUUGAUUUGUUGCAACCCUAAAGAAAAAUGCCUUGUAGUUUUAUUA